UUUUUUUUUGGUGUGCAGAGAAGAGAGUCUCCAAACCUCAGUCUUCAUCAGCAUUAGCAGGGAACUGUCAAGGGUAUGCAUUCGAGGGGUUGUGGAGGCUCAGUCCCUAAUGUGGUGUGUGACAGGAUGAUGGGGUGGCGGCUUGAGGAGGGUCAGAGGUUAAAGUCAGGGUCCUCUUGUCUGUCCCUCUUCUCCCCCCGUAGAGGGCCCUUUUGGGGGGGGUUAUUAUUUAUAAACAGUGGGCAGCUUCCACACUCUGAAUAGUCAACAUCCUACAGUUAAAAUUCAGUGGCGUUAUCUCCGGAGCUUGUGCUGCUUAUACAAAUUAUUCAUCAAGGUGUUCAGUUUCUAUUCCAGUUUUAUUCUAGCCUAAUGGACCGCAUAUUCUGAACACGGUCAACAGAUGCGUGUGAUGUUUUUCUAAGAAUAUUUAGAGGCUCCUCCUCUUUUUCAUGAUGUGACAGUAUCAUCCCGUCCGCGAGCUCCUCACUCUAGCUCAAUUCUGUCAUCGGUAACCUGACGCACGGACCCUUUAUCCCACUCACUGCAUCUCCGACAUUUCUCAGCUUAAAAAAAAAAAACUACCGACGAGCUCUCAACUCUUUGAUUUCUGUUUCUCUCGCGACACUUUUUUUAGACUACACUUGACUUUCGAGACUUUCAGCUUGUUUUUUUUUUUUUAAAUACAGAUUUGGAUCAUGGCCUCUCCGGCUGCUCUCAUGCCCUCGGUUCCUCUCGUCCAACCGCCUCCGAUACAGACUUCACCGGCGACCAACUCUCCGCCACCAGCAACCACGUCCUCAUCCCCUUCACCGUCUAUCGCGCCCACCGGACUGAACCCUUUCAGCGCGGACCUCUUACCAGUACCUGUCGGUAGCCCUGGCGCACCGGUCGACGUCCUGCCCUGUAAACCGGUGUAUUCUACCCCGUCGCCGGUUGAGAACACUCCGCAAAACAACGAGGUUAAAAUGGUCGAGGUCAGAGGCGCCAAGCUCGCCUCUUUCACGGUAAAAGACAACGAGCUAAUCUGCCUCCCGCAGGCGUUCGACCUGUUUCUGAAACACUUGGUCGGCGGACUGCACACGGUCUAUACCAAGCUGAAGCGGCUCCAGAUCACACCGGUGGUCUGUAACGUGGAACAGGUCCGCAUCCUCCGGGGCCUCGGAGCUAUUCAACCGGGAGUGAACCGGUGUAAACUCAUCUCCAGGAGAGACUUCGAGACGCUGUACAACGACUGUACUAACGCCAGCUCGCGCCCUGGACGCCCCCCAAAGAGGGCUCAGAGUAUGACAUCAUCAGAGAACCAACACCUUCUGUCUCAUUCUGUCAGCGGGCUGAUGUCAGCUGGAAUCAUGCCCCCUACUGUGUUCCUGUAG